AUGCCAGGUGGUAAAGGAGGAGGUGGUGGCGGCGGUAAGGGCGGAGGAGGUGGCGAGGGAAAGGGAGGUGGAGGCAAAGGUGGAGGUGGAGGAAGUGCCGGAGCUAAAGGUGGCGGCGGUGGCUCUGCCAAGGGGAGUGGUGGUGGCGGCGACACGAUGAAGGCUCCAGGUGGUGGAGGGACAUAUAUUUCAAGGGAAGGCUUUGAGAGCAAUCCCCAGGGUUAUUUCUCUAGUCUCCACUCUGGAGAAAAGGGAAAAUGA